GCGCAGCCCACGAGACCGCGCAUGCGCGGAGCCGCUCCUUCCGGGCGCCCGCCUCUGCCCACCGCUCCCGGCCCUUCCGGGCCUGGGCGGCGCGGACGGGUGGCGGGAGGGGACAGCGCCGUCCGCCGCGGGGGUCACGUGCCCCUGCCGCAUGGCUGGGGAGCGGGCGGCGGCGAGCGCGUCCCCGCCCGGCGAUGGCGGCGGGAGCGCGCUGUCCGCCCGGUCCUUCAUCUGCUCCUUCCCCGGCUGCGACGCCACCUUCAGCAAGGCCUGGAGGCUGGACGCGCACCUCUGCCGGCACACGGGCGAGAGACCCUAUGUCUGCCAUUACGAAGGCUGCGGCAAAGACUUCACUCGAGAUUUCCAUCGCACUCGCCACUUUCUUACGCACACGGGUGAAAAACCGUUCAAGUGCACAGCUGAUGGAUGUGACCAGAAAUUUGGAACAAAAUCAAACUUAAAGAAGCAUGUUGAGCGCAAGCAUGAAAAUCAACAAAAACAAUAUGUGUGCGACUUUGAAGGCUGUAACAAGUCUUUUAAGAAACACCAACAACUUAAAACUCAUCAGUGCCAACACACCAAUGAACCUCUCUUCAAAUGUAAUCAUGAGGGAUGUGGAAAGCACUUUACUACUCCAAGUAGACUAAAGCGGCAUGAGAAGAUACAUGAAGGCUAUGCAUGCAAGAAAGAAAACUGCUUGUUUACAGGGAAAACUUGGACAGAACUUCUAAAACAUAAUAAAGAAAGUCAUACAGAGCCAAUCGUUUGUGGUGAGUGUCACAAAACUUUUAAACGCAAAGAUUACCUCAAGCAGCAUCAAAAAACACAUGCUGUGGAGAGGGAAGUUUGUCGAUGCCCAAGAGAAGGAUGUGGGAGAACUUACACAACUCUUUUUAACCUUCAAAGCCAUAUUCUCUCUUUCCAUGAAGAGAAAAAGCCAUUCUCUUGUGAUUAUCCAGGCUGUGGAAAAGUGUUUGCAAUGAAGCAGAGCCUAGCAAGGCACACCAUUGUACAUGACCCUAAGAAGAGAAAGCUGAACUUAAAAGUAAGCCAUAUGCUAGAGGAAAUCCUCUUAACCAUUUGCUGUCACUUCACAGAGGAAGACAAAGCGUUCCCGUCCUAAAAGGAGCUUAGCCUCUCGUCUGAGUGGGUACAUUCCUCCUAAAAAACAGCCAGGAAAUGCUGCAAUUUUGACAGAAAUCAAGACAAUGGAUAAGCCCAUGGAAAAUGAAAUACCAGCUGUUGAAAUUCUGACUCUGCAGUAAAGGUUAAUUGGACCACUUUCUUUAUGGAAUGACCAAUGCAGAGCUUGACAAUAACUUACGUUUAUAUCUUUUUUUAAUUAAGAAAUUAAUAUUGUUUACACCUCUUCAUUAAAGUCACUGAUUCAACUCA